UGUCAGUGGACCAUGGUAAAGUGCCGUUUUGUUUGUGUUGUGUGCGCAUGUGUGCGUGUGUGAGAAUUUGUUGGGUUGUCGCAAGGACGAAACAGCUCGCUCGCCCGAUUUUCCGAAAUUGUGGUGCAACGGAGCAUCCGGAGUGUCCGCGGCCGGUCGUAAACGGCGCCGGAAGUGUCCGGCGAUCGUACGGUGUCGGAGUACGAUCAUCCCAAGCGCAAGUGAACAGUUAAAGUGGAAAACAAAUUUUCUUCUGACCCGUAUAAGGGGCGCAUCCCGCAAGAAGCCCUCUGCGGUGCGCCAGAGCGAGAGCGUGUGUGGUGCUCUUUGUGUGCCGUGUCUCGUUCGCUCUUGCGCACGCGCACGCCCAGAGUGUGGAUGUGUAUGUGUGUGUGCUGUUCGAAGCCGAGCGGGGAAAACUUGCAUCGAAGCACAGUGUAGAGUGCGUGUGUGUGUGUGUGCGUGAUUGGUUGAAGUGUGUGUUUUGUGCCGUCGCGGGAGGCUGCGGGCAGCGUGGCCACCUCCCGCAUCUCAUCCGCUGCUUUGAUUGUGCGCUGCGGUUGUCGCUGUGUGUGUCAUGGCGCGUCUCGUAUCAUUCGCGUACGCUGGCAAGAAGAUGGUCCAGGGCGGUCGGUGCGAUCAGAAGGGAGGUGAUAUAAAAUAAACAUCUCCAUUGACGCGAAGUGACAACGCGCGGUGGCUGCUGCGUUGGUGUGCCGCGGCCAAGAAAGGUGCAAGAAGUAUGCCGAAACAAAAGUCAGACCUCCUCUAUCCAUGGUGGUGACAUCGGAAGUGAGUGGUUAAGAAAGCAAGGGAAAGAGGUACUAACCGCGGAAAAGUGUCAUUUCCGCGGAUAGAGAAAAAGAGUUGCGAGAAAGAGAGCAGUGAGCGCAACCCCGAAGUGGUGGUACAAAUUUCAGACCGACGAAUAAUCGUCGCUUGCUACAAUCAAAGCCAAACGCCUCAAAAGGUUCGAAGGAAGGUGAUUUAACUGGUCCCUCGCUGCGUAUCGGGCACAGGGAGGUACAUCGAACGCAUCGAGCAGAUUUUGGUUUCGGUGGAAAAAGUGUUUGCAAUCCGUCUCGAAUACAGCUUCACCGUCGUGUGGUCAAAUCGCGACUCGCAGUUGCGUGCGGGGCGGGCGGGGUGCAUAUGUGCAUCCGGUUGUGCAGCGUCAAAGUGAGCGCUGUUGUGGUGAAAGAGUGAAAGAAAACAAAACGGGCAUGGCAAUUGCCAAUGCUCGACAAAUCUGAAUCCGCUUCUAAGUGAGUGCGUCGGGGCUUUGGUCGAGGCAACAGCUCGGUCUUGGAGUGUGGUGCAAGGGCCCUAAAUUCUCGUACCACGUUCUUUUUUCGGCACUUUCCCAGCCAAUUGUUGCUGUUUACUGAGUGCGUUGUUGCGCCUGUGUUCGUGUGAGUGUGCAUGUGUGUAGGGGCGUGUGUUGCAGCACACGCGGCUUCUUGUUGUUUCUUGUGUGAUUUUACCCCUUUUUUCGAAUCCGUCAUCAUUCCCCGACCUGCCAGCUCGAGGUGCGGUGAAAACGAAGGGAGUUGGGCCUCUCUCUUGCCACAAAUCAUCAUUUCGACAACCCGCAACUCGACAACCGCGCGAGAAAGAUGGCGCCAUAUCAUGGAAUGUAAUCUGUUGGUUCCGCGGCUUAAACGAAUCAUACGCUUAGCACCGGGCGCGUUGAAAACGGAUUAAUUCUACUUAGCCCUUCGUGUACACACACUCUCUUCUUCGUACGAAGACUCUGGCGUUAGAAUUUUCACAAUGAAGCCGAAAAAGCAGCAAACAUCAGCAUCAGGCGAAAAAAAAUCUUCCGGUGGCGGUGGUGCUGUUGCUUUGACCAGUUCAACGGUAGGAUCGACGGGUAAUGCAUCCGCUGGUCCUGUUGGAACGGAUGCAAAAUCUAAUCCUAGCUCCUCUUCUUCGUCUACGGCAUCUGCAAAAAAACCAGUAAAACGUUUACAGUCUAAAACCAAAGAAGGUGCACCGAAUCUAACUGCAGCUUCAGGAGCUGCAGUUUCAAACACCUCGGCAGUAAACAGCGGGGGAAAGUCAACGGAAAAAAUAUCGAAUACUAAUCAACAAUGCUCCAGUCAGCAACACACACCACAAUCCGGCAAAUCAAAAUUCUCGGCUACUGUGUCAAAGAGUGUUUCUGGUGGUGAUUCUCCAGAUUCUUCAAAAAUUGACGCUAAACCCCUUACCGAGUCUGAAACAAUUACGAGCUCAUCGACAACGUGCAUAACUGGAGUUGUGGUGGGAAAAUCGGAAACAUUGGGAUCCUUAGCAGGGAAAGGAAAUAAACAGCAUGUCGCAAAAGCGAAUAAAAUCGACUCUGUUAAUUCACCGACAUCACAAAACACGACUGUUAAAGCGACUGGCAAGGAUUCUGCAAAUCGGUCCAGAAAAUCUACCAAGGAAACAGUGGGCGCUACGAAACGAAACACCGGACAGACCGAAAAAUCUGAUGCCGCUAAACGAAAACUAUCCGACAGUGGUUGUAAUUCGUCGACGGUCUGUAGCGUAGGUGACUUGGGCGAUAAUCGUUCGAUGACAGCUAGCAUUCCUACGUCAUCAUCCAUCGAGUCAAAGCUGCGGGAAAAGGAAAAGAAAAUCCAGAAAGAGUUAAAGAAUCUCGGUGUCCCGGAUAAAACCAUCAAUCAAUCGAUUGACGCGGCGUAUUUGUUAAAAUCGGCGGAGGAAUCUGUGGUCAACCCUUCAAUCAGCGAAAUGGUCAAGACAAAAUCUCGCACCACGGUCGCUCAGGGCAAAUAUGGAGGGGGUGGAGCAGACAACACGGCUGGUACUGGUGCUGUAGGAAGAAAGCCAUCCGUAACAUCAGAAGAGCCAGCGCCGUCGGUGGAAGGGGAAUCGGUAGAAAAAUCAACAAAAGAAUCUAUUUCUUCUGGUGGAAAGUCGAAGAAAACAGUUACGUUGAAAGUGGACCAACAGCCAGCAGAAGGUCAAAAGAAAAUGAGUGGAAAAGGAUCAUCGACGAAGGAUGUGGAUGAGAAACUCGCCUCGAAAUCGACACGGAAGGAUGAUAAGACAACACCCACCUCGGGCUCCGGUGGCAAUGCCGCUGCAGUGAAAACGUCUUCAACUAAGGGAGCGGGUCAGGGUGCCAAGUCUAACAAAAAGGCAAACAACUCAUCCGGAUCGUCCGAUUUGAAGCAAAAUAAGCCCGGUAUCUCUGAGUCUGUAUCAAAAAUCACUGAGCAGCAGAAAAUGGAUGGCACCUCGGAACUUCCUGUUGUCAAACAAUCCGCAGAACAGGAAGGUUCUUUGACCAUUGGUCGGGGUAGUUCAAUUGAGCAAGAGGACCAGGAGGAAAAGAACGAAGAGGUUCACAUUAGAAUAGAUAGCAUAGUGAAAGCACUGGAGCGCGAAGAUAUUGAAACGUCCAGUGCCAUCAAGAAGGAGUCAGCUGAUGAAUCAAAAAAAGAUGGCUCAGGUGAUGGGGUAAUAGCUAUACCGGCUGCACAAAGUAAAAGUCUACAUGAAAUAAAAACUAAAAAGCAGCCAACACCACGCAAGCCGUCAGCAAAGAAAGAUUGCUCAGCCGCCUCUUCAAAAUCGAAGGCAAAGGAAAUGAACGAAAAGAAGAAGGCUGCUGUAGUUGAUCAGGUCUGCAAGAAGGAGGUGAAGUUUCAGGAACAGCCGCCGCCAGCAUCUCCAGCGAAGCGAAAGUAUGCAAAAAAACCAAAAUCUGGUACGGAAGACACUGGAAGUGGUGAAAAACCGGCAAAAAUGGCAAAAUCCACUACGCCAAAGAAGGUGAAUAAUGCUAGCAAAGUGAAACAAGCAAACGUGAAGACAAAUACUAAAACCCACCCAUUGGCAGCAACAGAACCUUCUCUCCCAUUGCCCAGCGUUGUUAAUGAUGAAACAUCUUCGACCGUUCCAUCAAAGGAUAUCAAAGCUAUCGAUAGUUCUUUUGCUGCUAAAGAAGAGGUCGCUAGUACGGCCACUGCAGUUUCCAAUCGCGAUCGUUCGUCGACAGAAAACGAUGACGACGUGCCGCUGCGACAGCUUCAACAAAAACAAAACCCUGUGCAAUCGGUUAUGGAAGCUACUGGAUCGAGCACUGUCAAAAAUUUAGCAAUCAGUCAGCCUUCACAGCCAAAGGAUGGGGAAAAGGCGCAAGAUCAGACUGAAGAGAGAACGAAAGAAGAUUCCUCGGACGUUGGACCGGAAACAAAUGUUCCUCAAAGCGCAAGCGGUCCAAUUCUUGCCGGGUUACUUAAAAGCUCCGGAAAACAAGGAAAGCGCUCGUACGCACGGAAGAAUUCAUCCAGUGGUACAAGCGGUAAAAGCACGAAGGUAUCAGUGAGCAGCGGCCCGUGCUCUGUUCCAGCCGUUCCUGAGGAAUGUCAUUCAAAGGAGGGCAAAUUAGAAAAGAAAGAUGUGUAUGAUUUUGAUGAUUCGGAAAGCGAAAUUGAUGCACCGGUUAAGGCCGGGAAACCCAAUUUCAAACGAAAGUCUUCAGUAGACGUUAGUCAAUCGCGCGAGGAUAUUUCACGGGAUACUACAGAUGACUCACUAACGGCAAAGCCGAAAAUUGUGGAGGGAAAGAAGGAGGAAAUUCGAUCUAAUCCGCCUGGAGCUGGCAGUGAUGGUGAGAGAGAAAAGGCCGAUGAAGACGAUAACAAGAAGCGGAUCGUUCCAUUAAAGAAACAGAAGCGACGCAUAGAAGCUGCACUGUCAGAGACGGUAUCCUCGAUGAAAAAGGAACAAAAAACUGGUGAGUCCUCUGAGUCUGAAAAAGAACAGGACGAUGCGGAUUUGGCAGAGAAGAAGACGAAGAAGAAAGCAGCUACGCUUACAAAAAAGCUCAAACAGGAAGCGAAGGAAGACUUGCAUUCCUCUGCAGAUGAGGCGGAUGACGAUGAUGAGGGUGAAGAUGAUGGCGAAGAUGACGAGGACAACGGCAGCGGCGAUUCUGACGGCUGCUCGUCCACCGAUACAGUAAGAACCCGUAUUGCGAAAAAGCGCCAGUCAGCAAAGAAGCGCAACGUUAAGCUGUACGGUUUUUGGUCGGGUCCUAAACGACAUCGCGUUGCAUCGCUGAACGCUUUGGCCAAGGUACACUGCUUGUAUGAGAAUGAGAUGCGCGGCGCGCUUGAGGCAAGCUUAAUGAGCCAGUCGAGCGGGUCGCGUGUCAUCCGCACGAUCACUAAGGAUGGGGAGCGCAUAAAGAAGGAGCGCAUCUGUCCGGAAGAGGAGAGUGCUGGGGAGGAGAGUCGCUCCGGAGAGACUGUAUCCAGUGAAAUGGCCCCGCAUGGCAAAGGGAAAGAGCCAGAGCACAGUAAAAGCAAGGAACCAGAACGAAAGGAGCCCGACAAGAAGCGUGACGAAAAGAAGGAAACCCCAAAACAGGAAAGGAAGGAGGCGCCAUCCCAUCAACAGAAGCAAGCGGAUGAAGCAGCUCGCGAAGAAGUAAAGCCGAAGGUCAAAGAGGAAGCACCCAAAAAGGACAGCGAUCAAGAUAGUGCGGAAUCGAGCGAAGAGGAACCAGUCGUUAUGAGAAAUCUUCGAUGUGCGCCAGGACUUCGUGGAGCCGGCAAACAUUGGGAUCCCGAUGCUUCCAGUUUGGAGUCGGAGAUCGAACAAUUACCGGAUAGUGAUGAAACGUAUGCCCAGGGUAAGGAUACUGAUCCCACUAGAAAACGCAAGGUGAAAAAGAAGGUAGCGCGUAAGAGUAAGGCUAAAUCCGCGACUAUGCAAACAAAGUCCGAAAAAUCCGAGAAGGACAAAGAGAAGUCGGAGAAGGCGUCCGAAAAGCAGGAAAAAGCACCGAAACCUCCGGGGAAAAAGAUUAAGAAGGAACUGAAAGCCUUGAUGACAGACAACGAGCGCCAAGAAGAGGGAGCAGCCAGCUCGUCGUCAAGUGGAUCGGAGAAAGUGGAAAGUGCAAAAAAUAAACAAGACGAUGUAGUCAAGAAGCGCAAGCGUGAGCCAAAGACCGAAAAGGCCGAGCCUGGUGGAGACUACAAAGAGUACAUUGGCAAGAAACGCAUGGCUAGUCUGAACGCAUCUGCAAUGAUGGCGGCAACCUACGAAGUGCAGCGAGUACUUUACCGUAAUACCGACUCCAGUGACUCGGAAUGCUCGACUGAAAAGGCACCAAAAUCGAAGAAAACUACCAAGGAUUCGAAAGAGCACAAAGACAAUGCGGCCGUGUUGUCGGCAACUAAAGGAGAUACCAAGGAGAAAAAGGAAUCUAUUGGAGAGAAGGAGUUACGAAUCGAUUCAGAUUUGCAAGCAAGCCAGCAGGCCUCAGCAGCGCCGCUUGAUGUCAAACAAAUAGAUAUGUCAGUGGAAUCUAUGUGCUCCAAUCAGCCAUCGACGUCGAAUGCCUUGGGAACAAUAUCAGUCGCUCAGCAGGAAGUGUUGACUAAGAAGAAGAAAGUGGUCAUCAAGACGGAACCGAUGCGCGAUCGUAAGGACGAUCCAAUGGAGGUAAAACGUGAAAUAGAAGAGCCUCGCCCAGUGUCGAGCAAUUUAGUUAUCGCGCAAGACACGGAAGUCACGAUUACCGGUGUGUACGUGAACUCUUCACUGGGAGCAAACCAGGAGGCGUACUGCAAAAUGCAGUACCGUGUGCAGCAAAGCGUUACCGAGGAACGAUUGGUACGACCGGGUGAAGCGCCACCCAAAUCCUACACACCGUUAUCGGCCCUCUCUAGUAUGCGACCACCAAACGAUCAGACUCUAUCAACUCCGCCUCUGUUCGUACAACCAGCGCAAUGUGACUCGCCGCUAGGACCUCCGAGAGCAUUCUAUCCUCCGCCCACGUCCUCAUCCGGCAGCUCAAGCGCAUUCUGUGCACCGAUGCCGCACGACAGUCCAGGUUACUAUCAACCGGCUGGUCCGCUGAUAUCGCCUCACCUACUGGGUCAGCCGCCGUCGCAGCACGGUCCGAAAAGUGGUCCGGAUGGCGAGGCGCUCCUGCAGAGCCCCCAGCAACCGCCCGCGUCUUCUACGGCCGACAGUACGGACAGCGACGUCCUGCUGACAGGUACGCCCGGACGCUCCCCCGCCAACGAUCUCCCGAUGGGGUUCCAUCCCCCCCUCCUGCGCCCACGGGCCGCAGUCGCCGUAGCAGCCGCAGCCGCCGCCGCUGAUGAUGCCGAUCGUUAUUUUCGUUCCGUAUUUGCAGGUGGCGGAGUUGACCUGGGGGGUCAUCGCUCCCAGCCCUACGGUGCAUCCCGGUACGGUCCGGCGACCGGUGCUGGUGGCCCACCGACCAAUCUCUACCCCCGCCCAAUGCAGAUGCACUGUCCGCCGACGUAUCUGCCGCCCGGGUACUACGCACCGUCUCCCUACGGACCACAGCCGCCCCCACCCCAUGGGCCCCCGCCGGAGAUGUACUACACGCACGCCUACUCACCCCACUACUACCCAAAGUUUGCUCCGCCCUACUAUCCGACCUCCCGGCGGUACUACCCCGGGCCCGGACCGGGUCCGGAGCAUCACCUGUACGAGCAGGCACCACCACCACCCAGUAGCGCACAGGGACCGCCGGGACCGCCGCCACCACCGUCCGGGGCACAACUCGUACCUGCUGGACCCCAGGGUCCUCAGCAUCUGGAUCACUAUCCGUACUCGCCAUAUCCAGGGUAUGGUAGUCCAGGGCCCGGCUCAGGUGGCCAGUGUUAUCCUCGCAACCUACAGCACCCGCCGCCACCGCCUGCGUAUAUGGAUGCGCAUUACACAACCAAUUGUCCAUGUCCGAUGCAGUGUCCAAAAAACGUCAAUGCUGGGUCCCUUAUUGGUAUCAAGGCCAGUAAGGGCCCAGUAGCCACAAACAACCAUAUCGUACAAAACCAGCCGAGCACGAGAAUCAGCACUACUACUGAACCGAUCACGAUAUCGUCUAGCUCGUCCUCCUCGUCGGCGUCGUCCUCCUCGUCUCCAGCGCCGCUCGACAUUCACGCACCCGUCGUCGCCACUACGACAGCAGCCACAACCACGCCCGUCCGGCAGAUGGUGGCCGAUGCCGAAACACCGCCAAAUGCUGCUCCCAAGCAGCAACCGCAUCCAUCACACGGAUAUCACGCACAUCACCAUCACGGGGUACCUUUACCGAUGGAAAUGCAUUCACAGGGACCACCGGUCCAUCAUCCACACACGUAUCCGUACCACUAUCACCAUCACCAUCCGGGUCCGCUGCAUCAUACGCCGCAUGGGCCACUUCAAACGGAGGUUACAACGCCACAAAAACCCGCAGUGACUGCAACGUCCACUUCGCCGGUGACUACUACCAUUAGCUCGGCUACCAAACACAGCACACCGGUAUCAACCGUGUCAACGGCUGCCACCACCGGAAUCAAUGCACAUCAUCCAGAGAAGAUGUGCUACAAAACGGAACUACCGAUCAAACCCGAAACCGCGACCGAUCUGCUCUCGACGCCAAUGCACUACGGUAGCCCGUACCAUCAUCCUUACCAUCAUCCAAUGGGCUAUUACCACCAUGCGAAGCUGGCUGAUCUGAAGGAGGAAACACAUCAUGGCACGCUCACGCCACCCUACUCCAUAUCGAGCAAGAUGGCGCUGCUUGAAACUCCCGAUAUGAGCCCGGUUCGGGUGUCAACCGCACUGAACGUGCCUCCCGUGAACGUGCUUGCGAAGGGAGUUGAUUGCAGUGACAAAACACACAGCAAAGAUGACAAACUAUCAGACAUUCCGGUGUCGACGGCGAUCGUGAAGCAGGAAAUCGAAGAGUUUAAGCUCCUGGAACCGCUGGUCGGAGCAGUUUGCAAAAAGGAAGAUUUCGAAGAGACGGGUCCGGCCAUGACACCGGACCUGCUGGAUGAAUCGAUUGUAAUAAAAAAAGAUCGAGAUGAAAUGAAACCAGUCGACAGGUCGAUCUACCAUCCCGAGCACCAUGUGCCGGUCGAUCAUCACCAAUUGCACCACCAUUUGCAACAGGUGCGUGAUUCCUCGCACAUACCGCACCACCUCCAUCACCACAGUGCCAGUACAAAUCUAUUGCAUGGGUCAUCACCGCACCAUCACCACCAUCUGCAUUCGCAUUACAAUGUGCAGCAGCAGCAGCAGCAGCAACAGCCCUUAAUCACCGGUCUGCUAGUGGAGAAGGAUGAUGUGAAAACCGAUGCCAAACUACCUCCGGAUAGCAAGAGUUUACUCACCGAACUCGUGCUAACGACGGAAGCGUCCAUGGUGGAAACGCCCAAAAUGGCGCAAUCGAUUCCAGCAGCGUCGGCGACAACUGCGGCGGCUGCGAUAACAUCAAAGAUGGACGAAGUCUGCAAAAGCACGGCCCAGCAAUUGAGGGGAAACAGUAGUGAUAAUAGUUUUAAUCUUAGUGAUAGCCUAAUCCCCAACGUUGCUGGCGCCUCCGAACAACUGAGCUCAAUAUCAAAGAACAGUGGUAAAGUACAAUCACAUGACAGCUGUGCUGGCAGCCUAGAUCCUCCCUCGCCGGUACCGAUACCGGCGUCGACCGUCAAACGGAGACCGCUGCUGGUGGCAUGCAAAAAAGCAACACCGAAGCAGUCACCUCCCAAUAGCUAUAAGAAUCUGAUCAAACGUACAAAAGGCCUGGAGGACGAUAAUGACCCGCAGCCGCAGUGUCCGGAACCGGUAGAGCUAAGUGAAGAAGAGGAAGAGGACGACGAAGAAGAGGAGGAGGAGGAGGAUGAGGACGAAGAGGACGAAAACGACGAGGAGGAUGACGAUGAGGAAGCGAAUCCGGAGGAAAAGGUUGAGGAUGUGGAAGACAUCGAGUUGCAGGAGCAGCGCCUAGUGCAGGCAGAAAAGCGAGCACUACAAAGCGAACAGUCAGUGGAUCAAAAUGGUCGCAAACAGCGCCUUAAGAAACGGCCGGUAUCGAAACCACGAAGAAAAAGUUGCAGGAGAAAGCUUCUCCGGACACUAUCGGGAGCACCAACUGAUAAGAAACAGCCUAAGACCACACCGGAGGCAGUUAGCUCGGUACGCACACGAUCAGUCAAGCGGUUCUAUCGGGUGUUCCGUUCGAGCAUUGAGUCGCUGAAACGAUUGCCAGUGUCAAUUCGGGAACGAUUGUUGCGUCGAUCGAGCGUAACGCUCCUAUCGAUCCGCCGAAAUGCCCGCAAAAAGUUCUGCAAAUCACAACAGCAGCCGCAGCAGAGUCAGCAACAUUCACCAGCGAUACAAGAAACGAAGGAUAUUGUCUCCCUAUCCGAAACACAGCCAUUAGUGGCGGCUAGUGAAAGUGAGGCGAAUACUACUGCAACAGAGGUCGAAAACACAUUACCUAACUGCUCUGAAUUACUCUCUUCAAAUGAGCUGGAUUUGACAGCAGACACCAAUAACACAGCAUCCGCUGUCCACAAGAAUCAAACAGUAUCGGCACACGCUCCAGUGGAUGCCACAGUUUCAACACUGUCUAAUGUUGAUCGAACGAUCGAUCUCGUGGCAAAAGGCUACUUUUCUGAACCAGAAUUUUUCAGCGGAACAGAUCUGCAAAUCCAUUCGCGGAGUUGGUUAAAGAAACUCAAACAACAGCAGCAGCAAGAGGGACGUUCGCAUUCGGAACAGAGCCGGGGAGCUAAAGGCCGAGAGCGCAACGGGGAAGGCAACAAGAAAAAGUGCAAGUCAAAGUGCUCUCCAUUAGCAGCUGAUGUCACCUUGCCGGAUACCCCAGCGUCCGGCACUACUAAGAGCAAACAUUCAAAAUCUAAGUCUAAGUCUUCUAAAACUACGCCCACGGAGAAGGUGGACUUGGUGACGCCUUCCAAUCCAGAAUGUAAAGAUACUAAAAGUACCAAGAAAACAAGUGCUAAGGAACGUAAAAAGGAUCCUUCAUCAAGCAGGAAAAGAAAACAAAAGGCACAAACGGACGAUGGUGAUGAGGUGCCGCAUGCUUCGAAACGAAGCUCCACUCACAAUCCUGAACCAACGGUCAGUACAGUGGAAUCCUUGUACCAUCGUGCUACCUCGACGCCCAUCCCCGCUCCAAUCGGCGAAGUUGCUUCUGCAUCGGGUCCUGACGAUCGCGAAGAAGAUGGCAGUAAGGCAGCUGCUCUGUUUGACGACAGUGUAGUUACGCUGAUGGAUCAAUCCUCGGUCAUUGAUGAUCGGGAAACGGACUUUGACGAUGCGGCGACCAUGUUGGUGGAGGACGAUGUGGCUAGCGUUGAUACUAACGUGCUCGUAAAUCGACACAACAAUAAUAAUAACAACAACAGUGCUGUCACGGACAAGAACUCUGCGAUUGAGGAACAGCAACGUAUUGCUGCCGUACAGCUCGCUCUAAACGCUCCCAUUCAAGCGAUCAUUGCCGAAGGAAAGGAAGGCAGUGAGCUUGAACCACCUGAAGGUAUGGAGCCGUUCAUGGACGAACCACUGGAAGAGGAGGAGCUGAAGGCAAACGGACAGUUAAAUGCUGCGAACCAUCAACCCGAAGCGACGGCCAAUGUCCUGCAACAGCCGCCACCUUGUCCGUUAGCGGCGCCUUCGCCGGGCGAUCAACCAGCUUUAAACGCGCACUACGACGACGAUUACCGGGAGCUAGAAGAGGAGGAACUGUUGCCAAAGCGAGGAUCAAGUCGUUCGGUCAAGCGGCGGCGAUCGCGAUCGAAGACAAAGUCGAAAAAAUUCAGCACGAAAAAACGGCAUCGUCCGUCGACGCACCGGAACAUUGCGGCUGAGUUAGAGGAGCUGACUGUGCCAAUACAUCCAAGCUCUAGCAUACCGCGCUGGAGUAACGGUUGGACAUGGGAAGGACAACCGUUUCAGGGGAUGGUGUUUUUGAACAGUGAUGAUCCACCUGUACUGAGAACAUGCUAUCCAGCGAUGCGACAUCCCUUGGGAGACAUUGUCAAGCCACGUGACUGCGUAUUGCUAAAGGCGGGCAACAAACGCGCGGAGCUGCCAUAUGUUGCGAAAGUAGCACAUCUUUGGGAAAAUCCCGAUGACGGUGAAAUGAUGAUGUCUUUGCUGUGGUAUUACCGGCCCGAACACACCGAACAAGGUCGUCAGCGUACGGACGGUCCGGAUGAGGUGUUUGCUUCGCGCCACAAGGAUCACAAUAGCGUGGCUUGUAUAGAGGAUAAGUGCUAUGUGCUAACGUUCAGCGAAUACUGCAGAUUCCGAAAACAACUGAAAGGAAUUGAGGAAAAUAUCGAUGAGCAACCAUCGAUCGUGCCUCCGUUGAGGCGCGAAAACCCGCGCCUUCCACCACCGAUCGUGUCCCCAGAGGCGGUACUGUACUGUCAGCGGGUUUACGAGUUCCGCCAUAAGCGGCUCCUAAAAUGCACCUCCUAGUGAAGGUGGGAGUGUGUGCAGCGCACCCAUGCUAGCAAGAGCACGAAGCGGAGUUCGGUCAGUACUACGGCACCGGGAACGACUGCCGGCGUUACUCUGACUAAAGAUGCUACCGACUAACUCACUAUCCGUUCGGCCCCUGAAAGCACACGCUGCACACGACAACUGCUUCUACAUAUCCUGGGUCAAAACGCUCCCUCAAACACACAUACACACACAAACGCGCGCACACAUACUUACACUGCGUGAGGAGCAGCUUCUCCAUAUCCGGAUCUAGUCCUGGACGAGUGGGUACCUCACUGCUGCUGUUCCCUCGAGCCAGUAGUGUUGGUAUGCCCGUUCUAUUUUUUUGUUGCGAAAGCAUAAAUCAGUCACCUUCACUUUCGGGAUAAACUUGCCUCCAACGUUUGUGUGUGAGUGUGUGUAUUUAAUAAUUGUAUUAUUAUAUAUUUAUUACAAAACCUUUGCAUCAUGUGUGAGAUCCGGUUGUAAGGUUUCGUUCUACUUUUCUUUUUCUUCUCUUUCCCGAAAUGUCUGUUAUUUAGUUUGAUGAUUUGUUAAUAAUUUUAUUUGUACAUACACUUACUGCAACACCUAGUGUGUCUUUUUGCUAAUGUACAAUUCAAUUGUAUGUUGCCCUCCCCCCCCCCCCCCUCCCCCCUCCCUAAAAUCACCCAGUAGCCGCAAAAUCGGCCAACAUAGACUCUAAGACAAAUGGUUCCAAAUUAUCCCAGGAUGCGUAAUAGGAUGGACCUAGUGAAAGGUUAACUAGCGUUCGGUCACGUUCCUAUGUGAUGAGCGCGUUCUAGUGUGACAAACACAUUUCCCAGACAAUCCCACACACACACACACACACACAUAUAGAGAAACAAAAGUGGACGUAAGGAAAUGUUGCUAAUGAAUCAACGUUCAAAGGUGUGGGGCGCCAUCCAGGCAAUAAGAAGGGAUAAAAUUAACACAAUUUGAGCGAAUUAUUUGAGAAACUGCAUUUGAUAUUACAACAUUACACUAUAUAUAUAUAGAAAUAUACAUACGCUACGGCAGCCAAUUCCUGGGGCAGGAAGUAUUUCAGAUUAAGCUCUACAGUAUACAGUGUUCAUUGUGCGAAAUGCGGCUUGCCCGUUCAAAGUUUGAAACAAUAACAAACAGGAGGCGAAAACGUUGUACUAAAAACCUGUCGGUUGAUGAUGAUGAUGAAAGAUGAUUAACGUUGAGGAAAGAUUUAAUAGGUAUACAAACAUUUAAAAAGCAUAUUAUAUAUGAUUAUAUACAUACAACCUUAUAUAUAUACAACCAGUAAUGUAGAUGGAACAAAAACAACAACAACAACAAAAACAACAACACAAGCUAAGCGUAAGAAACUAAUUGUUAUUAAGACAGGUUAAGCAUAUACAGUACCUUAUUAUUUAACUGAUAACUUGCUGUAGGAUUGAGAGAAUCAGACAAGACAAGGAAAAGAAAAAGAAACGUAUUGAAAAACAGCAGCCACGAUGGAGCAUAGCUUUUACUGACUGACGCGAAUAAUGCAAUUGAAAAAAAAACAUUUCAAACAAAACAUCAACUGCGCAUAUAUACGAUUGUGGUGCUUUUACCUUAGGGCACCCACCGCAGUACUGCGGCUGGUUGAAGGAUCCAGGAUGUUAGUAAACUACCAACUCCCCAAUACAUACAUUCUACGUUUGGCGAGAUAAACGCGGCAAACGAUGCAUGUAAUUAAAUUAUUGAGAACAAAACAUCACACAGCGACGUUUUUUUAUGUGGGAUUUUAUACUAUUUGGCCUCCCUAUGGUCUAUUAUUGACACUUUUGUUCAAUUUUAUUUGACGCGAAUGUUGUGUUUUCCCUCUAACAUCCAACUGCAAAUGCAUCGAUAAUCGGUAAUGUGCGUCUGUUUUUAUGACUAGCUGAUGUGGAAUCAGCUCCUAUGCUGAUCCUCAGCUAUGUAUGCUGGUUUUCGGCCUCGAGUCAGGAAACGAUUCUUCCUGAACUGGUUUGAAUGCGUAUAUCAAAGCGUUUUAAAGUAAUUGUAAUUGUUCGGAUGGUUCGAAAAUAAAAGAUACAUUUUGUUCUAAAUAUGUUUCACCGGUCAACCAGCUGUUGUAUCGGUACACGAUGGACAGUAUUUUGAACCAUAUGAGCGAACCUCUACGGGGAGCGGAUAGGGAAGCAACACGAAUCAAAAUCACGGGGGGGACUCUUUACCUAAAACUUAUCACGAUACCGACGAUGGGCGAUGAAGAGAAACAGGAAAGUAAAACACGCGGAAAGAGGGAAACAACUAACCAUACCAAAUCAAUAUUAUGCAAAAUUUUAACCAUGUAAGGAUAUUAAAAUUAGAGAAAUUGUUUUGUUUAUUUCAUCGGUUCGAUACGCAGUCGCAGCAAAGAGGCAAAGCAAAUCUAACGAUAGAAGAGUAAAUUCAACCCAGUCUAGAAACGACGAGUAUACAACGUUCAUUCUAUUUUACAUAUAGCAACAUUACGUUUACGACGCGAGUACCGAAGUACGUGCAACUGGGUAGAAUGGCUUAGUAUCUAGCACGAGGUAAUUACCAUUAAUCGGCUGAUUGAUUUGAUCCUCAUGCAGGCUGAAACUGAAAUGUGUCGUUUAAUCUGUCUAGAAGGAAGCUAGCCACUUUGAAGUGAACGCAUUAAAGCAGUGCAUUAACUAACUCAUUCGAUUGUAAUUUUAGUGCAUGGGGAGCAGUGUGCAAGUAGCGCAUUAUCGAGCAUUGAUUGAGUUUUGGUUGCGUUUUGCAAGCCGUUUGCAUAUGCCUAGCCUAAGAAGGAAACCACUCAACAGGCAACACACACAACACCCAUUACGAACAACAUUAGUGUGUUUUAAUGCCAAACGGUGCAAAAUUCGUGGUAGCCUUUUUUUUCGUAGAACUGUUUUAAAGACCGUUCCCAGUGACUGGUAUAGGCGUAGAGAAGAAACGAUGGAAACAAUUUACUACACUAAGUACACACCUAGCUCCUACGUGAACAAAUCAGGAAUCAGGAAAAAUAAAAUAAUACCCCCAAUAAUUAUUUAAAA